AUGGAAAACGUCGACGAAUAUUCAUUGAUUUUUUACUUGUUACAAUCUCAAUAACAUUACUUUAUACAUCGUUCAGUGCUGUUUCAAAUCUACAAGCAUCUAUAAAUACACAAAAAAAUAUUGGACUUAAUACAUUAACAAUAUGGUAUGGUAUUGGAGCGUUAUCAUCACUAUUUCUAUCAUAUCCAUUAAUGGAUUUAAUUUCUUAUAAAUGGACAAUAUUCAUUGGUGAAAUUGGUUUUCUAUUCUAUAUUGCAGCAAAUAUUUAUCCACAACCAUGGUUACUUUAUCCUAUAGCUAUAAUAUUUCGUAUUGUUAGUUGUGGUUUAACACCAGCUAAGGGUUCAAUUGUACAAGUAUUAAGUCAACAAUAUGCCAAAGAAAAUAAAAAUGAAAAUGAAGAAACAAGAAUUAAAAAGUUUAAUGGAAUUUUUUUUGGUGUUUAUAGUACAGGUAAACAUAUUUAUCAUUAACG